GCACCUGAUUCUAGUGACUUCUCACUUCUGACUACUGACUUCCUACUUUGGCAAUUGUAAACAGACACGCGCGCUCGAAUCGUGGGCCACCGCCGCCUCCACAGCGACCUCACCAUGUUCUAUCGAGCCCUCGCUCACACGCUCGUCGCCGCGGCGACCGCGAUCGCCGUCGCCGCCAGCGGUCUGCUAGACGGCGCCACCGUCGAGGUCGGUCUCGAGCACUACGCGGAGCGUCCGCUCUGGUACUCGCCGCCCGGCUGGCUCGCGAUGCCCGCCAACACACUCGUCAACGCGGGCUACAUCGUCGUCGGCGUCGCAUGGGCGGCGCGCGCGCGCGCGGCGGAACGCGCCGGCAUCCUGCGCGCCGCAGACGCCUACAUGUUCUACGUGUUCGCGAUCGCGGCGGCGCUCUACGGCCCCGUGCAGACGACGCGGCUGCUCGCGCGGUCGCGCCCCACCGCCGCCCUCGACCAGUGGGUCACGCUGCCCAUCUUCGCGUGGGUCGUGCCGUGGGCCGCGCACGUGGACGGCGGCGGUGGCGGCGGCGGCGCGGGGGAGAGGAUGUGGACUCGCGGUUGCUCGUAUGCGUCGGCCUGCGAGCUACGUCCUCGCGCUCGGCCGUCGGGUCGGACUUCGAGGCUGGCGCUCUGCUGUGGCCACGUCGUCGCCGCGUCGCCGCGGCGCGCUCGUGCAGCCAUCGUCGCGGCAAACUGGCGCGGCUCGCUCGCGCGAUGCGCCGCCGGCGGUCCGGUCUUGCUGCGCCGGGUUCGUAUGCUCAUAUGGGCUUUUGCGUACUACGAGCUUGCGGCCCAGCCACGCGCGGUCUUCCGCGCACGGUCAGGCGGGCACUUCCUGCUCGAAGGUGUUGGCGACCUUUCAUGCAGAUACAUACUGUCUUGUGAGUUCUUCUGGCCGCGCUGGAGGAGCGGCCGGCUGAGGACGGAGAAGGUCGAGUGA